AUGGCUCGGGGCGACGACCACGCCACUCAGCCGUGGGUAGAAAAGUAUCGACCAAGGCGACUGGACGACGUUACACAGCAGCACGAGACCAUUCGCGCUUUGAAGCAACUUCUGUAUGGAUCCGGAGGCUCCAGCUUGACGGAAAAAGUCGCCAGUCUGCCGCACCUGCUCUUCUAUGGACCGCCUGGAACCGGUAAGACCACCACCGCGCUUGCGCUGUGUCGCGAGCUCUUCCAAAACAUCACGAAUAGGGAAACACUGCAAAAUCGCGUUCUAGAACUCAACGCGAGCGAUGAGCGCGGUAUUCGCGUUGUGCGGGAGAAAAUCAAGCGCUUCGCGCAGUCAUCCAUCGAGGAGAGCGUCGACGCACAGGUGCCUGGGUUCAAAAUCGUUAUUCUGGAUGAAGCGGAUGCUAUUACCGCAGACGCCCAGACAGCUCUUCGUCGCACUAUUGAAGUGCACUCGCGGACGACGCGUUUCGUAUUGAUCUGCAACUAUCUGAGUCGCGUGAUACCGCCGCUCGCGAGCCGUUGUGCCAAGUUUCGUUUCAAAGCACUCGAGGAUGGUGCAGUGAUAGCACGAUUAGAGCACAUUGCUAGGACCGAGGGCAUGGGGCCGCUACCCCCGGAGGCAUCGCGUCUCCUGGCCAAGGCUGCAGCCGGAGACCUCCGGCGCGCCGUGAACCUGCUCCAGAGCUGCGCCGACUGGGCACGCAGUGCAGACGGCUCCCAGCGCGUUCUUGAACCGGAAAUGGUAAGCGAGGCCGCUUGUAUGGUCCCUGCUUCUGUAGUAGAACGAUUCUACGAUAUUUGCGUCUCCCGAAACGAGCCAGUAACGGCGUGCUUUGAAGUCUUGCGCGGCGGAUACCCAGUCGAUGAAUUGCUUCGUCAAACCCUAGAGCUUUUACUGCUGGACAGUGGUACUCCUCCCGCUCAAGUUCAGAUGAACGAUUUACAGCGCUCUGCUAUCGCCUUGCACAUGGCAUGCGCUGAGAAGUAUCUCUGCGAUGGUGCGACUGAGGCUGUCCAGCUACUGGCAUUCGUUGCCAACUGCCGAAGCGUCUUGCAAGCAUCUUCGUGA